AUGGAAACAUCUGAUGAUUCAUCUGGAAAUAUCCGGGUCCUCUGCAGAUUUAGACCUUUGAACGAAAAAGAAAAGGCAAUGGCAGAAAACAUAUGCGUGGAUUUCGGACCUGACAGCAAGACAGUUAUGAUGCGAGCUGAAACUGAAAAUUCUGAACCAUUGCGAUUUGUGUUUGAUUAUGUAUUCGAUCCCUCGACAGUCCAAUCAAAAAUCUAUAAAGUAGCAGCAAGCCCUAUUGUGGAUGCGGUAAUGCAGGGAUAUAAUGGGACUAUAUUCGCUUAUGGUCAAACUUCUUCAGGGAAAACUUUUACAAUGACAGGGGUCAUUACUGAUCCAGAGCUCAUGGGAAUUAUUCCAAGAAUGGUAGGCGACGUUUUUGCAAAAAUAAAUAAUGCUGACGAGCAUAUAGAGUUCACUGUAAAAGUUGGGUACUGUGAAAUCUAUAUGGAAAAGAUUAAAGACUUGCUAGACCCAAGGAAAAAUAAUUUGAAAAUCCAUGAAGACAAAGCAAGAGGAGUUUAUAUUGAAGACUUGACUGAAAGUUAUGUCACAAAUGAUAGAGAAGUAUAUGAACUUAUGAGGAUUGGGACAAAUAAUAGAGAAGUAGCAUAUACACAUAUGAACGCUGGGUCUUCUAGGUCGCAUUCGCUGUUCUGUGUUACGAUUACUCAGACUAAUAAAUUAGAUAUGUCAACUAAGUCUGGGAAAUUUUAUUUGGUGGAUUUAGCUGGAUCAGAAAAAGUAGGGAAAACUGGGGCAGAAGGAAAAAGAUUGGAAGAAGCAAAAAAUAUCAAUAAAUCGUUAACUGCGCUAGGACAAGUCAUUAAUGCACUGACUGAUGGAAAAUCAUCGCACGUGCCUUAUAGAGACUCAAAGUUAACAAGAGUUUUGCAGGAUUCUCUAGGAGGGAAUUCAAAAACUACUCUAAUUAUAGCCUGCUCCCCACAUCCUUAUAAUGAAGCAGAAACGCUAACUCCCUAUCCAUGAACAAUAAAAAACCAUUGGAAAAAUCGCUAUUUUUAGGCAAAACCCACCUUCCGUGACCAAACAAAAAAUUUCCUGUAAAAAAAUAUUUUAAUUUAUAAAUUAUAGUUAUGAUAAUGAGAUAUCUAGCUAAUUCUGCUUAAUUUAAACAGAUUGCAUUUUAAAACAUAAAUUUUACAAAUUAAAUCAAUUUUGAACAAAUAAAUUACUAUAAAAUUGAUAUAUUGUCAAGUAUAAACCCACCCCUCUUAAUAGCAAAUUACCUAGUCUUGUUAUUAAAUAUAUGUGUAAGCAUGUUAUAAAUCGCGUUUUAAUAGCUUAGAAGUGAAAAUACUGUAAUGUCUCUUAUAUUUCCUAGUAUAUAGACUAGAUAAUUUGCUAUUUUGCUAUUGGAGGGGUGGGGUGGGGUGGGGUUUUUAUGCUUGACCAUAUAUAUAGAUUUUAAAAAAAUUAAUCCCACUGUAGCAUACAAAAUUUUUUUCUUUGCUCAAGGAGGAGGGGGGAGUAAGCACCUUACGAUUCGGAAUCAGGGCAAAAUCAAUUAAAAAUAAAGCCAAAGUUAACAAAGAAUACACCGUUGCUGAGCUUAAAUUAAUGCUGACCAAAGCUAAAGAAGAAAUCAUGCUCAAAGACAAAAGAAUUUCAGUAUUAGAGCAAGCUGUUAAUAAAUCAGGAAUUUUAAUUGGAGGCGACGAAGAAAGCUCAACCAAAGAUGAAAGCGAACUUGAAAUUUCAAAAGUUUCUGUUUACGAUGAUAUGAUACAAGAAUUAGAAGACACCAGAGCCAGGCUUUCUGAAGAAGUCGACAUGAACUCAAAACUUCGACAAGAAAUCGAAAUAAAAACAAAGGAAAAUGAAGAAAUUAAAGGAGACUAUGAUUUCUUAAACAAACAUAUAGGGUCGCUUCAAGAAAAGCUGACAACUACUGAAAGCACACUAGCUGAAAAAGAAGAACAUAUUGAGCAGCUGAUAAUGGCGCAGGAGUACUUAAGAAAUGAUAUAAGCUCUCUCAAUGAGAAGAAAAAUGAGCUAGAACAGACUAUAAUUAAAAAAGAUGAAGAAAUUUUGAAAUGGAAAACCCAGCCAAGGGAAGCUCCUUCAACAGUAAAUAUAAAAGAUUUAGAACAUCAGAUACAAGUCUUAAGAGCACAGCUUCAAGAAGAGCAAAAGAAGAGCAAAGAACUUAUUGCAAGAUGUGAGCACCUAGAAAGACGAUGAAAUGAACAGGCAAGUAAUGCUAUUCCAAAUCUAGAUAAAAUUAAGGAAUAUCUGCGAGAGGAAGCUGUUCGUGAAGAGCAAACAUUGUGAAAUGAGGAAAAACAGACCUUGAUGAACGAUUUUCAAGCUAUCCUUGAAAAAUCAGCUGAACUCCAAAUAGAGCUUAAUGAAACCAAAGAAAACUACUCGACAAUGGAGCAAGCACUAUCUGAAGAAGUAAAGAAAUUAUGGUAUUUUAUAAUAAAUAAGGAUUUAUUUUAUAUUAAAUAUAGACAACCUUUUCUAGCAUAAAUAAUAUAAGAUCAAAAAAUGAAAGCCUGGAAAAAUCAUUUGAACAGUCAACCUUAAACAGUCACAAUCUCUUCAGCCAGCUUGCCGAAAGCAAAAUCCAAAAGCAAGUUGUUGAUAGAAAACUUGCCAAUGUCAAUGAAAAAUGUCUAAAACUAGAAGCAGAGUCCAAGAAGGAUAAAGAAAAGCUUGCUGAAGCUGAAAAGUUCAUAAAAGACCUUUAUGCGAAGUAUGAAGAACAAAAUAUAAUUAAUAGAGUUCCAUUUGGAUCUACAAUUGAAGUUGGUUCUGGAAGCACUCGCAUUCGAAAAUCAAUAAAAGGCGGAAAAGCAACAAUUCCAAUAGGAAAAAACCGAAGCUCUGACGCAGACACUGAAGCAGGUAGCAAGCCUGACUUUUCAAGGCCUCGGCUGCUUACAGGUGAGCACAACAAAAUGUUCCAAAUGCCUUAUAAAGACAACUGCAAGCCUUUUUAG